GUGGGAGAAAGAACUUUUGUCUGUUUGAUGCAAGUGUGAAUGGUGCAAUUAUUUACCUUAAUUGGCACUGAAUGGCCUUGCAGCUUCAAUGUCUGGCUUUUUCCUGCCUGGGGGAAUCCUUUGUUGGGAGGCAUUACCUGGACCUACAUCAAGGGAACCACUGACCACUUAGGGAAGCUGAUGAAGAAACACAACCUACAAACUAUCUACAGACCCACUAAGAAAAUCCAACAAAUGCUGCCUGCAUUCAGUGAAGGACAGGAGGGAUUCUCUCACCUCUGCAGGAGUCUACCAUAUACCAUGCAGCUGUAGACAAUGUUCUGCCGGCCCGUUUAUGUUGGAUAAGUGAGACUCUACUGUACAUGUCACCUUCCCUUUCCGGUGACAUCCCAGAGGUCCACUUCACUGAGCAGGUCUGUACACAAACAGAGAUGUUGAGAACACAGAAAUAUGCUGGACCCUUUAACAAUCACCAUGUCAGACUACACAGAGAAGCCAUUGAAAUCCACAAGCAUGUGGACAACUUCAAUAGAAAGGAGGAAACCAUGAACAUGAACAAAAUCUGGCUAUCAGCAUUAAAAAAACCCUCUAAAAUCAGGACAGCAUUGCCCAGAGACGAAUCAAGGAACAUGAAAGGCACUGCAGACUAGCUCAACCAGAGAAGUCAGCCAUAGCAGAGCACUUGAUGAACCAACCUGGACACAGCAUAUUUUUUGAGAAUACAGAAAUGCUGGACCACACUCACAACCACCAUAUCAGACUACACAAAGAAGCCAUUGAUUUCCACAAGUAUGUGGACUAUUUCAACAGAAGGGAGGAAAUCACGAAAAUGAACAAAGUCUGGAUACCAGUAUUAAAAACUCUAAAAUUGGGACAGUAAACAAAGAACAACACUCAGAAGACAGGGAAAUUCCAGACAUAAAUCAAUCAGGGCCAGCUAACACCUUUCAACAAAGGAUUCCCUCAGGCUUGAAGCUGCAAGGGCAUUCAAUGCUAAUCAAGCUGGCCAAUUGCACCAUUCACAUUUGCCUCAAACAGAUAAGAGUUCUUUCUCCCACCCUGGACUUUCCACAGAUAUAUAAACCCCACUUGCCUAGUUUUCCAACUGACCUCACAACCUCUGAGGAUGCCUGCCAUAGAUGUGGGCAAAACAUCAGGGAAUGCUUCUGGAACAUGAUCAUACAGCCCGGAAAACUCACAGCAAUCCAGAUCUUCCUUUUCUUGCUCUGUGUUGACUUGCAGCAGGGACUUGUGUUGCCACUGUACAGGAUCUUGUAUAAAAUGAAUACACCCCAAAGAGCUUAUUAUUCUGGAUCCCCCCCGCCCCCCAGAAAUGUAUACACUCCAACAAUAUUAAAGAUUACAAUAGUACAGAAAUGUUGGAAAACUGCAAGAGAAACUUUAAGGGAGGUUUGCAUCUCUAUUAAUUGACUAUGCAAGCAGUGCACUGAUGCGCAGAGAGAACAAUUUGAACAUCUAACAUAAAAUUGUAACUUUAGUUGGACUUUGUAACUUGGAUCAAAUAAUUAUUGUAACAUUAUUCAAUAUGAAGAGGCAGCAGUGCUGGAUAAAUGAAUAAAUCAUCGAACAAAUGUCAAUGUUAUUGAUAAAUUAUUAGGUAUCAUCAAUUCAAAAUCUGGAUGUGUGUAUGCGGCUGCAUGCAAAAUCAUAACCAUUGACUUUAAUGGCAGCAUUCAAUGAGAACAAAAAGGAUACAUUUCUUUUGUGCUGAAUCUGGUGAAAUAGAUGCUUGCUUUAGAGAGUUCAUAUGCAGCACCAGCCAAAGUUUCAGAAGUGUCUCCUGUUGAUUUUGCAGCUACUCCUCGAAGAAUUUAUUGUACUGUAAACGUGUAGUCCUCUUGACAGCCAAGACUAACAUUUCCUGGCAUCUCUCCCUGCUCUUAUCUACGUGGGUGUCCUCAUGGGCCACUUCCGAAAUGGGAUUGUGGUGGGUGGGAUUUGGGGGGCUCUCUUUCCCUCUGUUUCUGUUCUUUACUCUUGUUAAACAAAGCCCAGGUCUUAAUUAGAUGCUGGAAAGAAAAAGGGAUUGUCGGUGACUGGUAGAUUCACAGAAAAAGAGUCAAGUGAUUUCAUAUGAGUUGGUCUCGUGAUGAUUAAUAAGGCAGGACUGUGAGGAUUUAACGCCUGAGAAGCCUGUGAGUUCUAAUACAUCUCUUAAUUGGGCCAAGGGAGGUGAUUGGACUUGUGCUUGCUCAGAAACCAUAAACUAGCACUUAAAGCGGUCAGGUGGCAGUGCUUCAACAUUAAUGCCUUCUUUUAGGAUCCUACAUAUUGAUAAUUCCUGCUUCUUAACUGGCUGCUACUUUCCUGUCAUUCUCUAAUAUUGCACAUUCUGGAAACAAAUUAGAAAUAUCCAGUUUGUCAGAAACAAUGUGAAAUGUUUGUCUAAAAAAGCAGAGGGUGGGGUGGGAAUAGAUCAAAACAUUUAGGCUCGUUUUGGUCAUGAGUGUGAAACAACAUUCCUGUGAUGGGGUUGCCAUAGGUCAGAAACAACUUGAAGGCACACAACAACAAACUUUUCAUCUCUCUAUGUUAUAACUAAAGCCCCAACGCCCUGGUUGAAUUUUAUUGCUGUUUUUGACAUGUAGUUUAUAUAAUUAAACCAUAGCUCAAUACGGUUGGAGGAGACUGCAAAAGCUAUGUUCCAAGUACUUUCAUGAUAAAUCCAGUGGAACAUCUUUCCACCACAUGGGCCCAGACAAAGAUUUUAUAUCAAAAUUCCCAUCACUCUAGUCACUAGCUAUGAUGGUUGGGACUAAUGGGAUUUGCAAUCCAAAAUAUAUGAAGGGAAUCAUGUGUAGAAACACUGCUACACAGGAACUUAUAUAGUCAAACUAUGAUUCAAUAUACCUGAAUAAGAGUAAAAAGGAAUCGAGAAAUGACAGCUCAGUAUUAAAAAGCUGGCCAGCUAUGGAUGCCAUUAAUAUGAGAUCCAAUAAGGCCCCAGUGUAGCCUAAGAUAUAGCUAUAUACUGUAUGUUCAAAUGUGUCUGUGAAUUGCUGUUAUGCAUCUUUGUUUUCACGGGAUGGAGGGGAUGAUAAAAAAUAAUAUAACUUAGUUUUAUAUAAGUCUUUGAGUUGCAAUUGACAGAAUCCCCCAGCCAGCAUGGCCAAGUACAAAAAAGAAAGUUUACAAGCUCCAGUUUGAUGUAAGCUUUGAUAGAUCGGUCUAAUUUGAUUUUUUUUCAGGUCCUUUUCAUGUGACUAAGAUUGUGAAUGAAGAGCUAGGGAUUAUUCUGUUAAAAUCUCAUUUCAGCUGCAAGCUUCCUAGGUGGUUGUAGCCAAGUCACUGUUCUCUUGGUAUCAGCAGGAGCUGUUGCAAGAGUUUCUGUAAUAAAGGAUGACAAAUGCUGGACUCUGCUGUGUUAAGACUUUUAACUGGGAUUUUUACAUUCUUGUUUGACCUCUUAUGUGCUCACUUUUUCUUUUUAGGGGAUCAAUCAUUAACCAAUUCAUUUUGGAACAGUUUGUCUAUUUAGAUAUAUCCAACCCGUCUGGAGAGAGUGACCCUGAGAUCUUUAGUAAUGGGGAACAAAAGUGAUUCUAAAUGAAAGUUAAGCUGGCUUUGGCAUAAGCAAAUGUUACUACCUUUACAGCUAUUCUGAUAACUGAGCUUUACAAAAAGUUUACGGGAAAAGCAAAUAUCAAAGGUUAGUGCAACUUCUUAGAAACACAGGGUAUUGUCGGAUUCUUGUUUCUAUUCACUGCUUGAUUCUUCUUUAGAAAUAUUGUGAGCAGAUUAAGGAAUAACAACAGGAAGUGACAAGAAUUUUUUUAACUGUUUUUUUUUUCAUCCGUAAAUUGGGAUACGGAAGAUUUUUUUUUUAAAAAAAAGGGACUCUUUUUUUCCACCUCUCUUGAAAUAAAGUUCCCCAUUUUUCUGGAAGGCACACAUUCUUCCUUUGGCACGAAGCUGUUGGUAUCGGAAGGAAUGCAAAGACUGGAGUAAUUUGGGGAACUGUUUCGAAAUGCUGAUGAUCAUGGCAGACUGGACAGGAAGCUGGGCCUUCUUCCUCAGUGUUUUUAUGACACCUUGGGACUUUGGAGUGGCCAGGAAAGGCCCAGCAAUACUACAUCACUCCUUUAUCACUGUUUGGAAUGCACCCAGUCAAGCCUGCCAAGAGAAAUACAACGUCUCCCUGGACCUGGGAAUAUUUGAUGUUGUCCUCAACCAGAAUGAAUUUUUCUCAGGAGAGGAUAUUACCCUUUUCUACAGCAACAGGUUGGGAUAUUAUCCUUACUACACAGAGGAUGGAUUUCCAGUAUUUGGGGGUCUCCCUCAAAAUGCCAGUCUAAAAGAUCAUCUCCAGAAGGCUCAGCAGGACAUUAAGGAAGUCAUCGAGGAGGUGGGCUUCGAAGGCCUGGCCGUGGUGGACUGGGAGAGCUGGCGUCCUUUGUGGGUUCGGAACUGGGAUUCCAUGGAAAUCUACCAGAACAAGUCUAUAGACCUGGUUAAAGAGAAACAUCCAGACUGGCCGGCUGAUAAAGUGGCCAGGACAGCCCAGCUAGAAUUUGAGCAAAGUGGCCGAGCAUUCAUGGAACAAACUUUGGCUCUCGGCAAAACGCUGAGGCCUGGAGGUUUCUGGGGCUUCUAUGGUUUCCCAAACUGCUAUAACUAUGAUUACAAGAAUGCCAGUUACACAGGAGACUGUCCAGAGACCGAGAAGCAAAGGAACGAGGAACUACAAUGGCUCUGGAACCAAAGCCGAGCUUUGUACCCCAGCAUUUAUCUCCCCAAGGAUCUUGAAUUCCUCAACAAGACCCUCAAAUUUGUCCGUCACCGAAUCCAGGAGGCUUUCAGGAUGGCGAACCAAUCAGGGGAUGGUAGCAUCCCAGUCUUACCUUAUGCUUCUCUUGCUUAUGAAUUUACUCAGAUAUUCCUCACUCAGGAGGACCUGGCCCACACCAUUGGAGAGAGUGCUUCUCAAGGGGCAGCUGGGGUCAUCUUAUGGGGGAGCUCCAAUUAUAGUUAUUCACAGGAAGCCUGUCUCGGAGUGAAGAAGUAUGUGGACACUCUUCUUGGCCCAUACAUUGUGAAUGUAACCAGCAGUGCCAAGCUAUGCAGCCAAGUCGUGUGCUCCAAGAACGGCCGCUGCGUGCGGCAGGACAACCACCCAGAAGCUUUCCUGCAUCUCAGUCCUGAUCACUACACCAUCACUAAGCACCCCAAGGAGCCAGGUUUCAUUCUGACAGGUUACUUGUCUAAGGAGGAUCUGGUCAAGAUGGCUGAAGAAUUCAAGUGCCGGUGCUAUAGUGGCUGGGAAGGCCUGCGAUGGAUACGGCUGAAGCUCCUUGCCCCAUUCUGCACAAAGACAGUCCCUUUUGAGUACCCAUGGCAUGUCCAAUUACAAAAGUUUGCAUCAUAUAAGAAAAUGUUCCCAGUUUCAGAGAAGGUGUGCCUUUCUUCCCCUUCAAGGGGAAGAUUGGAAGCAUCCAUAUGCUGCAUGUUCUCUCCCUUGUGCCAGGCCUUAGGACAGAUGUGGGCGACUACAGAAGGACCUGGAGGGGAGGUCCCAGUUUUCUGCCCUGGGACCUUCAGGGAGCUGCAUGAACUUGCAAAAAAGAAAAGGAAAAAAUGGAAGCAGAUGAAAAUGUACAUCUAAUUUUGAAAAAAAAUACAAAGGAUUUUCCCCUUAGUGGUCAACAGUAUAGUACAGGUGUUUCAUGGAACUUAUUUAAAAUGCAAAUAGUCAUUCCUAGAAACUUGUAGAAGGAGCAAUUAACUUCUCUGCUCUUUUUGAUUGGAAAAGAAGUGGUACAGAAGGUCAGGAGGGGUUGAACAGUGCUGCAAAGAAAAAGAAAAAACAGGCUUUGGCUCCAUGUAGGCUCCAUUCAGCAAUUAAUCUAAUCCUCCCUUAGAGUAACGCCAUAUUCAGUAUGACUCCUGUAUCUGUGGUGGGUGAUAUGUUCCAGGGCUUUGCAUGGAGAUGCUUAACUGCAAAUAAUAGCAAACCCUAUUGAAUGAAUGACUUCUGAUGGAAGCAUAUCUUAAAAUCACACUGGAAAACCCAGGAAAUGCCUAGAACCUCUCUAGGUCUUCCAGUAUGACUCUUGGGUGACCAACAUCCAGCAGAAGCAUACCACAGCAUCACCUAGAAGACCUAGAAAAUAUCAAGGGAGGAAAAUACCAAGGGAGGACAGAUGUAAAUGAAACCACAAGUACUGCAGAUAAAGGGGUCAUACUGUAUAUUCCUAUGUUUGCACAUACAUACUCUUUCUGUGUGUGAUUCCCCUGACAUUAAGUCCAGUCGUGUCCGACUCUGGGGGUUGGUGCUCAUCUCCAUUUCUUAGCCGAAGAGCUUGCAUUUUCUGUAUACACCUCCAUAUAUUGCAUAUAUUCUUGGCUGUCAUAGUAAUAAUAAUAAUAAUAAUAAUAAUAAUAAUAAUAAUAAUAAUACUUUAUUUUUGUAUCCUGCCAUCAUCUCCCCAAAGGGACUCGGGGCGGCUAACAUGGGGCCAGAAUAGACAAAGUAUAAACAAGUUAAAAUAUAAAACCAAACAAUAAAACAACAAGCAGAAUAAAAUCAAAAAUGAAUUCAAGCACAAUUAUACAUGAAUACAUAAAACAAGAUAAGAAAUUUAAAAACCAUAUCAAUUUCACCACCAAGGGACAAAGGAAUAAAAGGGGAUUGAAGUAAAGUGCCUAGUAACUGGGUUAGUAAUGUUUUAGUAAUAGGGUGAGGUGAGUUGGUGAUGUUUAAGAGUAGAUUUUGUGCAUCAAUUUGGAUGCAUUUGUUUACAGAUUAUACUCAAUCAGAUGGGCUGAAUAUAUUUGCCAAAAAUUAGUUUUCAGUCUUUUGAGAAAGUUCUAAACAGUUGAUAUCACUAAUGCUGAACCUGGAAGGACCAAAAGGUGGCGGUGUUGUGCCACAUUGUGAGACUGAAUGGGCACAACUACAGUAUAUACAAACCUCUGCCUAAGCACUUUUUGAAAGCAUGUCUUACUUACCAUUUACUAGGCUGUGCUCUGUCUUCAUGUCAGAAGUGCACAUAUAGACCUGCCUUUAUUGAAUUUUGUGUAAGCCAAAGAUUCCUUUCAGUGAUAUCUAUUAGAAGCUGGGGAUGGGCAGACUUUGUGGCUGAGGAUUAUACAAGCAGUCCCUGAGUUACAAACAUCCGACUUAACCAACAACUCACUGUUAAAAAUGGGAUUGAGACAACAGGAUGUGAGAUAAAUCUACCCCUCAGAAGGGAAAUUUAUUACUGAAAGAGUUAUCAUGGGGAUAGGGGUGUCCACUGAAGCUUUAUCACCAAUCCUUGUUUCCACAACAAACUUUUUUUUUUCAAAAUUCAAUUAUCAGAGGGACAGAAAGUGAGGUGAUAUCUUCUGAACAGGGGCACAGACAGCAAAACAAACACCACAGGGGUGUUCACCCUUCUUUAUGGUAUCCAAAGCUAUAUACAAGAGUGAGCUGCUGAACUUGCUGACCGAAAGGCGGUUCAAAUCCGGGGAGCGCUUCCGCUGUUAGCCCCAGCUUCUGCCAACCUAGCAGUUCAAAAACAUGCAAAUGUGAGUAGAUCAAUAGGUACCGCUCUGGCAGAAAGGUAAUGGCGCUCCAUGCAGUCAUGCCGACCACAUGACUUUGGAGACAUCUACGAACAGUGCUGGCUCUUCAGCUUAGAAGUGGAGAUGAGCACCAACCCCCAGAGUCAGACACGACUGGACUUAAUGGCAGGAGAAAACUUUUACCUUUAUCUUAUAUGGAGCUACACUUAAAAAUGUGCAUGUUCUGACUUACAAAUUCAACUUGAGAACAAACCUACAAAACCUUCUGUAUCUUGUUCAUAACUUGGGGAUUGCCUGUUUAUUUAUAUGGUAAGAAAGAUAGGAUUGCCUUCCAUAUUAACUGCAAUAUGUAGUGCCUGCCUUUCUAAAUUAAAUAUCCUAAAUAAAUCGCUCUGCUAAGCUGGA